AGAUCUUGCUUGCGUGCAUAUCAUUCUGGAAACCUCAUUCUGCAGCUCGAUCAUCAAAUCUGAUCUCUUGGGGAAUGCAGAGCAAGCAACAACACGCUGAACCUGCAGCUAGCUCUCCCUGCCGCCAGCCGUAUUAUUGCACAUGCAUGCACACACGAUGACUUUCUCAUUUACUUUCCCUUUGCAGCAAUCAACGACGACUAUACAUGCUGUGGCUGGCCGGCAGAGAAUCAGUGUAGUAAGAUACGACUAGUGAUCUCGCACGGCCUAGCUCUAGCUAUAAGAAGAAGGCACGUAGCUGCUCCCUUUUUCACCCACCAAGGUCCACUACUACACCUCAAAACUUUCUCGCUGUGUCUGUGUGGGCUAGUAGUAGCCAGCUGUGUACUAGAUAGCAGUGACUGACCAUGGUGGUGAGCUACAUCGUCAGCCACUCAGCCAUGGCGUUGCUGCUUGUGCUAUCGUCGUCCCUGCAAGCGCUGGUCGUCGCCGCCGCUUCUGCGGCAGCUGCAGGUGGCCGGCCGCCGCCGGCGAUGUUUGUGUUCGGGGACUCGACGCUGGACGUGGGCAACAACAACUACUUGCCGGGGCCGGACGUGCCCCGGGCCAACAAGCCCUACUAUGGUAUCGACUUCCCGGGCUCCCUUCCCACUGGACGAUUCAGCAAUGGCUACAACAUCGCUGACUACCUAGCGAAGAGCAUGGGGUUCGCGUCUAGUCCUCCGCCAUACCUAUCGCUGGCACCAAGCACCAGCCGUCUGGUCCUCACACCUCGUGGCAAUGGCGUCAGCUAUGCUUCGGGAGGAGCUGGGAUUCUCGACUCCACUAACGCAGGCAACAACAUCCCAUUGUCGAAGCAGGUGCAGUACUUCAAGUCCACCAAGUCACAGAUGGCCACCAAGCUGGGCUCCCGUGCGACCAACCUCCUGCUCUCCAACUCCGUCUUCCUCUUCAGCGUCGGCAGCAACGACCUGUUCGUCUUCGCAACCGCGCAGGCGUCGGAGUCGCAGAACAAGUCAGCUGCCGAGCAGCAGCGCGACGUCGCCACGCUCUACACUAGCCUCAUUUCCAACUACUCAGCAACCAUCACGGAGCUGCACGCCAUGGGCGCGAGGAAGUUCGGCAUCAUCAACGUGGGGCUACUGGGCUGCGUCCCCGCUGCGCGGCUGUCGUCGCACGGGGCGACGGGCGCGUGCUUGGACGGCCUGAACGAGCUCGCGUCGGGCCUGGACGACGCCCUGGCGUCCCUGUUGGCCAGCCUCGCCUCACGGCUGCCGGGCUUCGUCUACUCGCUCGCCGACUACUACGGCCUGUCGGCGGCCACCUUCGAGGACCCGGCGGCGUCGGGGUACACGGACGUCGCCGACGCCUGCUGCGGGGGCGGGAGGCUCGGCGCCGAGGCGGACUGCCUGCCCAACGCCACGGUGUGCAGCAACCGCGACCAGCACGCGUUCUGGGACCGGGUGCAUCCUUGCCAGCGGGGGACGAUGCUGGCCGCGCAAAACUUCUAUGACAGCCGCCCGGGACGAUACACGGCGCCCAUCAACUUCAAGCAGCUGGCUUACACAAGUUUAUGAUCAUCUUCAUCUAGCAUUCUAGUUAGUAGUAAUAAUAUAAUAAAUUAAAAAAACACCGACCGAGUAGAUAUACAGCGGUACUGCUAGCGUCCGGACGUCCGAUCUGAGCGCUAGCGUCCGGACGCCAAGCCUUUGUACAAAUUACGCCCCCACCCGCCCCGCAUCGAGAAAGAAAAAAUAAAAAAAGUAGAUAUAGGAACCCGACUGCACCCGCGCCCCUGCACCGAGAUGAAAGGAACCGCCUCCGCUCUCCACACCUACGAGAUCCCCUCCAACCUCGUCGGUCUCCCAGCACCUCCGCCCAUCGCUAGCUCACUCCCACAGCCCACCUCCAGCCCUCUGCUUGGCGCUGUAACAAUAUGAUGAAACGACGACUGAAACAACAUGAACAUGUUAUUGCAACAACACCGAACAAAUUGCUGCAACAAAUAAGUUAAACUAGUUGAAACACCAUGAAUAUAUUAUGCAAUAACACUGAACAAAGUGCUUCAACAAAUAAGUUGAACCAGUUGAAACACCAUGAACAUGUUAUUGCAACAACACCGAACAAACUGCUGCAACAACAUGAAACACCUACUGCAACAUGAGAUUGAAGCAACUGAAACAUACUGCAACAUCGCAAAGAAAGCAAUACUAUAACAACAUUGGGAUGAAGAAGUUGAAACACUAAAAAACAUAUUAUUACAACAACAAAAAAACUACUACUGAAACAUCUUGAAUAGACUACUAAAACAUCUCGGAUAUACGAUUGCAACACCACAAAAUCCACUGUAGCCGUGAGAUAAAUGGAAAGAGGGAAGGCACAUGGGUUGGUGGUGCCGUCGGGGGUGCAGAUUGAGCCGCCUCCAUGGAUGGGAUGGGGGAUGGGCCGCCAUCGCCUAUUGGGUGGAGGAGACCACCAUGCUACUGGAUCUGCAUCGUGCUCCAUGUAUCCACCAUGGAAAGGUCAGUACUCCAUGGAUCCACCACGGGAAAGCCACAAUGGCCGGCGUCGAGGUGGGGGACGACACGCUAGGGUGGAGGACGCACAUCGGGCUCGAGAUGCGUAGAGGACGGCGCCUCCACAGAUCCCUCUAUUGCGUGCUCGAGCUUCGGUUGAGGAGGGAGAUGGGAGAAGGCACCGCACUGAGUUGAGGUCUCCCAGGUUGGGACCAUGGAAGGCUGCGGUGGAUUUAUGAGAGAGAGAAGAGAGAAGUGAAUGAGGGAGCAAGUAGCAGGAGAGAGAGUGGGCAAGGAGAGCCAUGCGGUAGAUAUUUUGAGAUGAGUGGAUGAAGAGAGCUGCAUGCGGACGAAAAUGAGUGGAUGAAAAGAGUCGCGAGUCGCAUGCGGAUAGACACGAGCGACAGAAAGCCGAGUGAGCCGGCACCACGUCCGGAAACGGCCGGAGGUCACAGUCAAAGCAUUACCGGAUAUACAGGGCCACUUUUUACGCAUAUGUAUUGUUAUUAUACCUCAAUGCGUAUAGUGUAUAUAUACAUUGUUGAUGACAACGGCUGGCGAAUUAGUCAAUAAUAAUACGGUAAUGCUAUAGACCGGGCGUCCGUCUGCUCGGGACGCACCGCUUCGUAGCCCGCGGUCCGAACGGACCCGUUUUCUCCCGUACUCGCUUUUUCUCCGCUUUCUGUCUUGCACUUCUUCUUCUCCGCCUGUUUUCCUCCCUGCUCUUUAGACCAUCUCUAGAGUAGAGACACCACGCCCACGCAUGCGAGCUCGCUGCACGCCCGCCCUCCCGUGCUCCCUUCCUUCCUCGUUCCCUCGCUCCUCCGUGACCUCCAUACACGCCCCUCUCUCUACGACUCAGAUCCCGCACUUUCAAUGGAGACUAGGACGACGGCGGCGGCUCCGAUGAGGUACGUCGUGGAGGGAUCUGGAUCUAAGGUCUAGUCCUCCUCCUCGGGAUCUAGAUCUGAACCUUUCUCCUCCUCCUCCUCCUCCUUCCAGUGAGCCCGCACGCCUCCCCUCCCUCCCUGCUCUCUCAUCCUCGUGCACUGUGACCUCCAUGUCUCUGGAGAUGAGGACGACGACGUGGCUCCGACGAGGUAGGUAGAGAGAUCUGAGGUCUUUCUCCCCUCCUCUCUCCCACUAGAUCUAGAUCUGCUCUCUUCUUGUGCCUCCUUCUCCUCCUCUUCUUCUUCUUCCCCUUCUGGAUCCAAGGGUUUGGUGGUAGCUAGUGUUCCAGCGAGUCAGAUCUCGUUGUUUUGCAAUAAUUCAUUUUCGGUGUUGCAACAGAUGAUGUGGAAUGUUGCAACAGUAUCUUUUUUUGGUUGUUGCAACAGGUGUUUCUCUGAUAUUGCAGAGCAAUUCUUCGAGAUGUUUCAUUUUUGCUUUUUUACUUUGUUGCAGCAAAUUCUCCUCCGAUGUUGCAGUAAAUUUUUUUGUUGCAACAGAUGUUUUUUCUAAUGUUGCAUUAUUAGUGCUUGAGAUGUUGUAAUAGCUUUUUCUCAUUGUUGCAGCAGAUUCUCUCUCGAUGUUGCAGUAGAUUUUUUUUGUUGCAACAGGCGUUUUUUCUGAUGUUGCAUUA